UCCGCCACACAACGUACCGUUUGACGGGUCUGUUUACGACGCGGAGACGCGUUUACGUCGCCGGCCAUCACAAUAUGCACCUUUCUACGAGCUGCGAGUCUCGAUGUUGAUUUCGACGGAACGAUUCUUCUCGUUGCGCGUUGAAUCCCAGCGUGUGGCUCGUCGUCUCUGUUCGUGAUAAAUUCUUGAGUUUCCCGGCUGCGCGCAUACAUAUACGCGUACUCGAUUCGUGCGGAAAAAUCUGUCAAAUCUUUCUCGUCGCAAAAUACCCGGAUGGAAAGAAGAAUGGAGAAAUACCAGCAAAUGAGAACGUUCAUAUCGGCGGCUGUGGAUUACAGCAAGCAUCCCAAUGAAAACGCUACGUCCGAUAUACAAAGGAGUCUCGGGGUAAUAAGUGCAUCGUUGGAUCUCAGUAUAUUCGAUCCUGGCACUAGUAUAGCUGCAGAAUUCUACGUGAGCUUAUACGAGCUUAUGAACUCCUUUGGAUCACGGUCCACUUUAAUAUGGAGUGCCAUAGAUGUCCUACAAAAUACUUGUCGGAAUGUUUCUGCUAGACAAGCACUUAUUCAUACUUAUAAGUUUGCUCCGAUAGUAGCAAGGUUACUCGAGGUAAAUUUGACAACUGAAAAGAGAAUAAGGGUCUUGAAGUUACUUCAGGAGUUAACGUAUGGAAUUAAAAUAUCGUGGCAGGAAGCUCACCUUCCAUAUUUAAUUUCCACACUUACUCAAUGGGUCGAACAAUCAAAGGAAGAAGAGAUUAUCGCACUUUCCUUAGGAGUGCUGGUAAAUCUCUGUUACAAGAAUCUCCCGGCGGUGUAUACACUGAUGAGAACCAUCAAAACUAAAGCGUUCAUUCGAACGUUACUGAAGCUCCAAGAUCAUCUCAGUACCAGUGUGCAAUGUUGCAAACUCUUGAUUAUACUUGAACCGACCAACACAAACAUUUCUGAGAAAUAUAUCCUGGACUUUGUGUCGUUGACCUUUGUCAAUCUCAGAACAGCGAUGAGACAGAAAGAUGUCUUAUUAUUGAGGCAUAUUAUCGACUUCUUCAAUGAUGUCGGACAAAACGAACAUUCGCGAAAUGUGCUGCUUACAUAUUCGAAUUACCAGAAAGAUGUAGAGAAUAUAUUAGCUAUUUUGGACGAGGAUACAGACCCGGAAUGCGUCGCUCUCAUGAUGGAGUUUCUGUUGUCGUUGGUGAAGUUGAAGUUAUCUGUCUUAACUCCUUUAUAUCCUGUUUGCAUAAAAUCAGCCAUGACUUGGGUACCUGUGGAACAAGUGUCCUCUAAAGCUUUAGCACUUAUAAGAACUGUGAUAAUUGACUCACGACGUACCAAAACGUCCAUCGACGUUCUAACAGAGUUAGACCCAUCCGUCCUCACGCUCAUGACGAAUCCGGCGGAGGGAGUUAACGAGCAGAAUGGAAGCAGGAACGCGGAAACGGAAACUAGGCACGCCGAAUUGAUGCAACUGUUUCAAGAAAUGAUCAAGAGUCCUCCGCUCAGGAAGAAGAUUACACAGUCGUUCAAUGAGCACGAGAUGCGCAGGUUAUUCAGUCACAUGCUGAACAAUGAAUUCUCCGCCGCCGGGGACUGGGCUGGAAACUUCAUCCAGAAUGCUUCCAUGAAUCUUUACAUUCACGCGUUAGCCUUGACAGCGGACUUGGCAGCGAAUCAUUCCAAUUGGCUAACAUUGUACUCCGAAUUACUCAGUAGGAAACAAGUGCAAACGACAAUGGCGUUGGCAUUGUUCACCGGCGAUAGCGAGGUGAAGCAGAAAGUUUUGCAGUUGACAUCUUCGGUUGGUUUCCCACAGGAAUGUGUUAGCGCGGUGGCACUUUGCAUGAAGGAGUUAGAACCAUUAGUGCUGGUGCAGAAUACUAGCAGCAGCAGCGUAUUGGGAAAUGUCGCGAACAAAGCGCCUGUAAAUUUCACCGGCAACGAAAUGGCGCCUUUGUUCUCGAUCGCGCAGGAGGAACGUCUCGACGCAUUCCUGACCAGGCUGAAAUCGGCCUUCGAGUCGAAUCAGAUCGUCGACAUCCCGACAUCCGCGGUAAUGGAAUUGUACGAGUACAAGUUAGCAGCAAUGAGACAUUCCGAAAGGGCGAUGCAAUCGAGCCUGGAAGCGGCGAAUAAUCAUGCCACCAGUCUCCAGCACAGAGUGGCGCAAGUGGUAGCUGAGUCUUGUAGAUUACAUCAACUCUUGUUCGACACUCAGCAGUGUUUGGAAGGGACGAGAGCUGAAAAAACUAUAUUGACGGGGAGGCUCAGCGAGAUGGAGGAUCAAUCCAAGAAGGCGCUUCUGAUAAAAAAAAGGGAGAUCGAGUCGUUGAAAAAAAUCGUGGUGGAAAAAUCGGCGAACGUGGAACACCUGAACGAGAGGCUGGUGCAACGUACGUACGAAUUGGAGGCCAGUAAUAAUAAAAUCGAUACAUUAAACAAGAGAGUUCAGGAAUUAGAUAAUGAACGUUUAACCGCCGAGACGAAAGCCACGGAUAUGAGCAGCAUGAAUCGUGAAUUAAAUAAAGCUCUGCAAAAGAUGAAGGAUUCUCUCAGCAAAAAGGAACAGAUUUUAGAGAAGAAGAAAGCAGAGAUUGAAACGAAUCAGAGAGAUAUAUCCGCGCUUAAGCAAGAGCUCCAACAAAUGACGCAAAUGUUGCACAUGUACGAGCAAACCAUAUCGGAGAAAGAGGGGAACAUUCAAAGAAUGAAAGCGGAACUGACUGACUUGAGCCGCAUGCGAGAUAUGAUCUUCGAGCUUACCGCUAAAAAAAAAGACGACUUAAAUUCGAGCUAACGUCCUUUUCAAUUUAGGACUUGUACUAAUGCAUGUACGUGAUAAAUGCGUAUAUGAAUUGGUAAAUGCAAUUUUAUCCUUCCUUUUUUUCACAAAUCCUUUGUUUUUCAAAUCCCGUCAACGCAACGGGGCAACGGAUAUUUUGAUGAUUAUUGUAUCUCAGUAAAUUUAGAGAAACCGCUCUACACAGAAACUGCACAAUGCAUAUUUUAAUGUGAAAAAUUUAUUGAGGGAAUGGGAAAUACAAAUGCCAUGAAAAAUUGUAUAUAUAUAAACAAUAUUGAUUAUUAUUAUUGUACACUUCUUGGUCAUUGCACAUUAAACGUGAUCGUUACAUUCGGAUAAAACUUGUAUAAUCAUCUGUGUAAGAAUUACUCUCUUACAUUUUUUUUCAUAAAUUAAAACGUUCGUUUACGCAAAAACCUUGUACGUUCUUAAAAUACUAUCAAGCAGAUUAAAAAUGUAUAAUACGCAUGCAAUGCACAUCAUUACGAUUAGCAACAGUGAUCUUGUCAAUUGCUAAAGCUAUAUUUUGAUGUGUUAAUGUUAUGCUUUCGUUAUACUAGGUACAAUUGCUUAUGAUCUCUGCUUGUCUCUUUUUUUCUUACAAAUAUGUAGAAUAAAAUUUCUACAAAUUAUGUAUAUAUUAUAGAUAUUUUUUUCUUCAACGACAAAAUCGUUUAUUUGAAUUUACACAUCGUUUUACUGUCAGAAAUAUAUAAGUUAAUGAUACAUCAACACUAGAGUAAGCUUCACAUAUACAUCGAAGCUAUCU